GUUUGCGGGGCUGUCCUUCGCGAGGAAAGACCAAUUGUAAUGCUUCUCGGACUUUAGGCGAGCUUUGAUGGCAGACUAUAACCAAUACGAGUGGACAAAACCACCCAAGACCAUGAAUCGGAUGGCUGCGCCUCCGAUUAUAGUUAAUGCAGCGAGAGACCGUGGUAGAACCGAGCGUUCGAGUCUAACCUAGUUUCGUAUAUCUGGUCUCGACUGCAACAACACCACUUGCAAGCAUUAUUGAGAUUAACUCAGUCCAUCGUAGACGGACCUUCUUCGUUUGGUUGAGCGAAUGGACGUCCGACUUGCUAUAAAUCCACUGCCUCCCGUAUAUAUCCAGGUAUCUGCACACAUCUGCUUCACACAUCUACUUCACUGUCUUCAUCCAAACCCAAAUCCUAAACCAAAGCAACAUCACGUACUGUUCACAGGCAAUCAUCAUGCACCCCACGAAGAAAGACGUCACCUUCGAGAACCGAGGUGUGAAGCUUGCUGCGCACCUCUAUCUCCCAAAAGGUUUCCAGGAAGAUCAGACAUACCCUGCUUUGGUGGGCGUUCACCCUGCAGGAGGUGUGAAAGAGCAAACCAUCGGUCUUUACGCACAGCGUCUUUCCGAGCAUGGCUUCGUGACAUUCGUAUACGACUCCACCUAUCAAGGCGCGAGCGGAGGAGAACCCCGUCUCUUAGAGGACCCCACGACCAGAGUGGAAGACGCCCGCUGUGCUGCAGACUUCCUAUCCACCCAAACCUUCGUCGAUACCGAUCGCAUGGGCGUCUUCGGCAUUUGUGCUGGUGGCGGCUACGCGCUUGCCGUGGCUCAGACCGAACGCCGGUUCAAGGCCGUCGCCGGCGUGAGUGCUACACCAAUGGGUGAAGCAGCCAGGCGAUUCUUUGGAGCAGACAUCCCUCCUGCCGAGCAAAUCAAGUCGCUCGAGGCAGCUGCAGCACAGCGAACGGCAGAGGCCAAUGGAGCGGCCCCGAUCUACAUUCCCUUUGUUCCCGAGAAGCUGGAAGACAUCAACGAACAGACGCCGAACAUGCUCCGCGAGGGCUACGACUACUACAAGACGCCGCGCGGUCAGCACCCGAACUCUGUAGGCCGCUUCUUGAUGACCAGCAUGGACAAGAUGUUCGCCUUUUCGACCUACCCUCUGAUUCCGACUCUUUUGACACAACCCCUGCUCUUGAUUGCUGGCAGCAACGCGGACACGAAGAUCUACAGUGACGAGGUUUAUGGUCUGUCCGGAGGGCCCAAGGAAUUGUUUGUCGUUGAAGGAGCAACGCAUAUUGCGCUCUACGACAAGCCUGAAUACGUGGACCAGGCUGUGACAAAACUCGUCUCUUUUUUCGGCCAACUGUAAACGAAGGUUCUUAGACGUAGAUAUUCUCUACUUGUGUCGCCCUUUCAACGUAGAACACCAUUACUCUACUCCAGUACAUGUACAAAUCGUAUUACAGGACAAGGGCUGUUGCAGAUCUGAAAUGUAUUGCUGAUCGUACCACGCAAGGCCGCUUCCAAGAGGGUUAUCUCUUCAACUUGAACAACAAUUAUGGCGCCACCACAAUUGUUGCAGGCGAAGACGCUGACCGUAUAAGUACGCCAGUGCCAACAGUGAUCAGAGCUUGCAGCCGCUGGUCAAUGUUACCACACCAGCAAGACUCGCGCCAUUGCUGCUAAGCUUAU